GUACGAUUUUGAUGCCGAUGGUGGAUGUGCGUUACCAAAGUUUCUCUCCGCCAGGCUUUCUUGAUACUGUUUUAUAUUAACAUCCUAUGGUGGCGAUUCAUCUAUUACCUGGGCUGUGUUCAAUUCCACAUCAAUUUCACAGAAACUCUACCUAGAGUUGUUCGAUGUUUCUCUCUUCAGUUUAUAGGCGCUCCGCUCUCUCACUGGAGGCAAAUGCGUGAUGUACUAGGAUAAGAUUAGUAUUGAGCUAAAAUAUGAUAGGCGGAAGUAGAAGUACGGGGACGGAGUUCAGGUGAAUACGCUCAGUAAGUACUACAAUAAGCUCUUAGCCGCCAUGAAGACUUCCCAAAAGAUGUUGCUAUCGUGUUUUUUGUUAUUAGCAUCGCAUACGUUUACUUGUAUUCUUGUCGUCAAACUACGUGAAGGAUGCCACGACUUUACUCAAAAAUUUGUUAGAAAUGUAUCGCAAUCUUCGCCAUGUUAUUUGCGGGUUCAUGUUUGGCGUGACGAAGAGGCCCAACGAUCACCCCAGAAAUUCGAAUGCCCGGGGCUGAAAUGUGGUAUUAUUUUCGUCCAGGAUGUGAACUACGAUACGAUGAAGUCAAGUGAUGCGGUGGUACAUGUAUCGUAUUGGGAUUGGCGCAGAGUGCUCAAGGAAAGACCACCGAAUCAAGUUUGGAUUUUUUUCACACUAGAGAGCCCUAAACUCAUUAUACCUUACACAAUACCACCUCGCGGGUAUGACCGCAUAUACGACUAUACAAUGUCUUACCGGCCAUCGUCUACGAUACCUAGUCCGUAUGGCUUUUAUGAUAGUACUGUGCCGCAGUUAGCCACUGACGACGAUCGUAACUGGGCCUCAGGGAAAACCGAGCUAGUAGCUUGGGUUUCAUCCAAAUGCAAAGACAAAGGUCCCGGUGGAUAUCGGUCGUGGCGGCGCCUUGGGUUUGUGGAGACACUUGCAAAGCAUGUUAGUGUCAAUAUGUAUGGGAAAUGUGGGAACAAAGAAUGUGAUAAUAAGGAGGGCGGGUGCUGGAACUUCCUGAGGACUCAUAAGUUUUACCUGGCUCUGGAGAACAACGAAUGCAGGGACUACAUCACGGAGAAAUUCUGGUUUAACGCGCUCCUGAACGAUAUGGUUCCUAUCGUCUACGGCCCUCCGCGUGAAGAUUAUGAGCGCGUAGCGCCACCGAAUUCUUUUAUCCAUCUUCAGGAUUUUAAAAGCUUUCAAGAACUUGCCGAUUAUAUCAAACUUGUAGAUUCAGACGAUAGGUUAUACAAUUCUUUUUUUGAAUGGAAAAAACAGGGGACGGUAAGGUACAUGGGUGCACAUUUGAUACAUCAGCCGGAGUUUAUGUGUAAAGUGGUAUCUAAAUUGUUGGAUUCAGAUAAGAAGUCACGUUAUUGUAGCCAGGACAUCGGAGAGAUGAAUCCAUCAAUAAAUGAAUUUUUGUCAACUUCAUGCUUCGAACCGACCGGAUUUCCUCACGACUUUUGAAGUGUCAAUAGCGAUGUCCACACUGUCAGAACUGGUUCAUCUUUUGUUGAACUAUCCAAUAUUGGAGAGCAAAAGUAGCUGUCGUUUGACGUGGAAUAGUGUUGUUUUAAUCAAUGCACCUUGUUAUGUUCGAAGUGCACUAAACCUAAUAAUAUUCCAGAGUAGAAACAACGUGAUGUGUCUUUGUAAUGCUGUGCCUUAAAUUGUUGUGGAAAAGAAUCUCAAUGAAGCUAACACGGAAUGGGACUCCGACUGGUUGAUUUCCAUUCAAAUAAUAUUCAUGGUCCUGAAAAUCAACAACAACAAAAGCAAUUCGAGAGUCUUAAGGAUCUGAGAAAUCACAUGUAAAAGCAAACAAAUCCAACUUGCUUUAGCCAAUGCCUUAUUUAGUGCUUCGUAUCCCAUGAGAAAGGUGCCAUAUACACACGAUAUAAAUCCAAAUAUUGUUAUUAUUUUCAUUCAAAUAUUAUCAUUCAAAUUUUGCAAUGAUUGAUGAUGAAAUCGAGGUAUCUAAGAUAUCUAAGCUCAUUUUCCUUCGAAAAGACACUGCCUGCUAUUAAAUGAUAAUAGUGUUGUUUUUUGUAAGAACAUGACUUUGUUCCAUAUAGAAAUCAGCAUUCUGAUCUAAUUAUAAAAUGUUGUAGUGAUGAAAUUGUUGAGUUUAUGAUGCAGUUUUUAGAUGUAACGUAUGGCGGAUGUAUGUGAGGGUGUGUAUGUGUAAAAUAUAAAUUGCAGUUAUCUGAUCGUACUCCAGGAUUGAACAAUGAAUGACGAAAUGAAUCCUAAAAAGAAAUUUGUAGGUCCAUGCCAUAUGACCGAGACCUAAAGAAAUUAGUAUAUCGAAGAAGGUUAUUUUUCUGAUCCCUCCUUUCAUUAAAAGAAAUCCGGUUCAUUGGAACGACCUUAUGUCCUGACACUUUGUCAUUUCAAUUCAAUUAAAUUUGAUUUGAUCCAAUUUGAAUUAUAUAUUUUCCCAAUUCAUUAAAUUUUUCAUUUUAUAAAUUGCAAUUAAUGCAAAUGACGAUGUUAUCGCAAAUUAUUUUUGUAAUAAUAAUAGUCCACCGACUAGUAUCCGAGCAUGAAAUGAUGUGUGAGAAAUGCAGACCAAAGUCAUAUUGGUAACACCAAAUAAUCUCGCCUCUCAAUGUGCUUAGUUAGAAUCAAGAUAGUCUGUUGAUAAAAUGGUGACAAGACAAUUACUCCGACGACAAUUGUUCUGGGCAUUAUAUCUUCCAAGAUAUAGGGUUAGGGUUGCAAUGGGAUUUUACAUUGGGUUAAGGGGUAGGUUUAGGGCAGGGUUUAGUGUUAAAUCCAGGGAUGAAGUUGGUCAUUCCAUUAAUGUGUGGAAUUUGCAGCGGAACAAUUAUCACCAAAGCAAAUGUCAUGGGACCUUCAUCCUUCCUUUAUUAGCCUACAAGACGCAUUACUGAGCAUGGUCUGUGUAUGUAUGUCCUUGAUUAUAAUAUUGAGCUGGGGAGUGUUUCAUCAGGGCUCAUCAGAGAAAACAAUAUUUUGAUUCACCGUCUAAUAGAUAUAGCAGGAUAGUAGGAAAUUAUGGAAGGAAUUAAACAAAAUUACAGGUAGAGAAAAAAAAACUCAUCACCAUCCAAUUUGGAUAGUGAUAAAUUUAACGAUUUAUUUGUGAACGUUGGAAAACAAAUUUCGGAAACUUUUAAUCACCAUAAUUUAUCAUGGAAUCAUCUAACCAGUAUCCACUCUUUUACCUUCAUACCAAUUAUUCCUGAAAGCACUUAUAAAAAUCUUUCUCUUUUGUCUGAUCAGAGUAGUCUUGAUAUUCUAGACUUUGAUACUAAAUUACUUCGCUUUUCAGCUCCUUUUAUUUAUGAAUCUUUAAAUGACUUCUUUAACAAGUUUGAUAUCUGGAAUGUUAACUGAUGAUUGGAAAAUCUAAAGAACUACACCGAUUUAUAAGGGUUAAGGUGACAAUAAUGACAUUUCUAAUUAUAGGCCAAUUUCUAUUGUAUGUCAUAUUGCUUAAUUAUUGGAAAAGGAUGUUCAAUCCCAAUUUUUAUUCUAUUUACAGACAAACAAUCUCAUUAAUAUUGACCAAUAUGCCUUCUUGCAAAAUCACUCAACUAAUACUCGCUUUACAAAGAAUUAUUGAUGAUUUGUACGAAUCUUUUAAUGAAAAAAGAGAGUUGGUGCAUGUUUCCUUUAUAUUUCUAAAUGUUUUGAUUGUGUCUACCAUAACCUAUUAAUUUUUAAACUGAACAAAUUAUUAUGGCAUUUCAGACACUGAGCUCCUCUGUUUUAAAAGCUUUCUUUCAGACAGAAAACAAGCAUUGUUUUAUCAAGGUAAACAAUCUAAAACAAAAUAAAUAUCCAUAGGAAUUCCUCAGGGUAGUAUUUUAGGUCCCUCUCUUUUUUCUAAUUUUUAUGAAUGACAUUACAGAUUCUUUAAAGAAUUGUACAUGUAAUGUAUACGCUGAUGAUGUGGUCAUUAUGUGUCUGAUAAAGAUAUUAAUGUCGUAAUAUCCAAGCUUCAAGCAGAUUUGAAUUUUAUUAAUGAAUGGUAUUACUGUAACAGAUUAAGGAUUAAUGCGAAAAACUUAAUGUUAUGAUGUUGACCAAUAACGUAAGGAAUAAUAAUGAUCUUGAAUUGAAUGUGCAUAUUAAUAAUGAGAUCACUGAACAGGUACGAAGUAUAAGAUACCUAGGCAUCAUGUUAGAUUAUUAGCUAUGUUGGGAUUCUCAUAUUAAAUAUCUAAUUAAAUCUUUAAGUUACAAGAUAUUUACAUUAAUGAAAAUUUGUGAAUUUUUAAGCAAGGAAGUUUUGAAUAAAAUAUAUAAAUGCACCAUACAACCAACUUUUGACUAUUCUUGUUCCGCAUGUUGCUGGAAACUAAGAAUGAACAACGGAGAUUUGCUUUCAUACAGUUAUUGUGAUUUAUACAGUCCCCGCCACCAUACUAUUGUCAUUGUGUUUACAGUAAAACAUUCCUCAAUUCGUUGUCACACCUACAGUAUAUGUAUGAGCAAAGUACAAUGGCUAUUGCACCAGGCAGAGGACAAUCCAUUGUGCCGAAUGUUUUUCAUGUGCAAAUUGUUGACAAUACGAGUAGUCAUUUCCAUUCAGAACAUUUUCCAAAAAUAUUUACAUCUUACCAAUAAGAUUCUAUGACUGGAGUUCCAACAGGCAACAAAUUUAUUCAAGCAGCUGUUCAUUUCUAAAGAAGCACAAAAGAAAGAACGGCAAUAAGGACCUUUUUGAUGUCCGCCUUCGAAGCCGCCAGUUUCAAUGAAGAAAUCCGAGGGGUGACAUUUUACGAAUAUUCAUUUGUAUCAAUUUUUCAUGUUUCAUAUUAAUAAACAAACUGAAAUUUGUAUGACAAAAUGCAUGACAAAACAUCAAUAACCAAGCACUAUUACGACGAGAUAUUUGUCCUUAUUAUAUCAAUUAACCUUUAAUUAGUGAAAAAAAAAUGAAUUUGACCUUUACUGAAACCAGAUUUUAACACUUUUCCGAUCGUUUGCGGCGAAUGAAAAUUUCAAAUGUGGUCGGUGGAACAUUGUUAUUCAUUACUGUAUAUGCCAGAUGAGUGCCCGCACAUGCCCAGUCGAGCAAAUUUGAGUCAUAUUUCAGGACAUAUUGCAUAACUUAUUUUCGCAUGCCUCCGAAUUAUGUACUACACAUAUAACCAGACCAAGAUGCGGCGAAAAAGUAAUUAUCAUCACAAAAGCAUAUUUCCCUUUAUGUAUGACCUAUAGCUGCGGAGUCAUGCGGGAAUCAUUUGUCUACACAAUUACAAGAGAUGUUGAGCAAUGUGCAUGACUGACAUACUUUCUGCUGGCGGUUUUAAACCUUGUUCAAAGAGAUUUUAUUUGCUGUUACUCCAUCUCAGUUGAAACCUUCUUGAUCUUACACCGCGUGCUCAAUCUCUUCGAUGUACCACACACACAAUAAAUAGUGGGGUGGCUAAGAGAUUUUACCGUUACAGAGUGGAUAAAAGCACCAUUUUUGACACAGAGCUUCCUUAUGGACUAAUUUGGUAAUAUUAGGGUAAUAUGUAUUUAUUUAUUCAUGCAUGUUCACAAUGUACAAUGUAAAAGAAUACACAGAUAAUAUAUAAAUGUACUGUAUAUAUGAAACACAAGUAAAUAAUGAACAUACAAAGGUGUUGCAACAUAAGCUAAAAGCUUGAUUGGUUGAAGCACCUUUAAACUGGUUUUGCAUCCAAGAAAACAAAAUAAAAAUGUAAGAAUAAGGAAGAGAGGAAAGAAAUAAAAGAAUAUAAAAGUGAUAGACUGCCGAGAUAUAAUAAUUAAGUUUCAAAUUUUUAUGACUAUAUGGUAAUAGUAAUUCAACAAAGUUAAAUUCUUAAUUUUCAGUUACGAAGAAAAGAAAGAAAGAAAGAAAACAAAAUUACUUACAUGUAUACGUUACUAGCACUUUACAGAUUCUGUAAUUUUGAAAGGAGAUUGUGCUUUACAGCCAAUUUAAGAGAAUGUGAGGUUUUCAAAUUUCGAAUAUUAUAUGGAAGAGAAUUACAAACAUCUGAACCACGGUGUCUGAUUGAGUUAUGAGCUAAUGCGGUGCGGGGAUUAACCAAAUGUAUGUUCGAUGACUGUCUUGUGCUGUAUGAAUGGACAGUGCUGUUAGGCUGAAACAUUGAAGAAAAUGAGUCAGGCAGCAUAUUGGCAUUAAAACGAAACAUAAAUAAGGCAGUUUGCAAAGAAAUUAUAUCUUCUACAUUCAAGCACUUCAGCUUUACAAAUAAGGGAUUUGUAUGGUCUCUGUAACCAGACCCAGUACAUAUGCGAACUGCUUUCUUUUGCAGGAGAAAUAUAUUGGUAGUUGACACUUUAGAUGUAGCCCAAAGAACAUUGCAAUAUGAAAUAUGUGGCAGUACAAGAGUAUUGUAUAUCAUCAAUAAUAUCCUAUCAUUAACAAAUGUUUUUACCCUAUAUAAUACACCAAUAUUUCUAGAAAUUUUGGUAACAAUAUGAGUGACAUGAUCACUCCAGUCUAGAUUCUGAUUAAAAUACACACCUAGAAACUGUGUACACUGCCUUUGUUCUAUUUCAACUCCAUCUACUUUAAUGCUUAUUUGUUUGUUACCAGUAGAUUUCCUCCCCUGAAAAUGAACAAAAUUUGUUUUUCCUAAAUUCAGGGAUAAUAGGUUACUCCUGAACCAUAAUGUCAGCUUCGGAAGUUCUGAAUUCAGUUUGUGCUCUAGAACAUUUACAUCACGAUGUGAAAUGAAAACAUUAGUAUCAUCUGCAAAUAAAGUGUGAUGCAAAGCAGCUGAAACAUCACAAAUAUCAUUAAUGUAAAUGAGAAAUAGUAGUGGUCCUAGAAUAGACCCCUGUGGGACACCACAUGUUAAAGAAGAAACAUCACAGUACCCUUGUAAUGAGUAUAUUGUCUUCUAAGAGAUAAAUAACUUGAAAACCAUUGUUGUGCGACACCUCGUAUUCCAUAGUGGUCCAAUUUACAAAGUAGAAU